AUGGCAAGGGAAGAUGGGACACUACAAUUAUAUGACGUCAGUGUCGGAGGGAAGCCGGUGGAUUAUUCCCCCUCGCACAUGCAUAGGCAUGAGGAGUACGAAAAAUCUCGUGAAAUUACACAAUUCCCGGACACGUUUCCGUGCGGGCACGUGCUUUGUCACCAAUGCGUGCGCCGGUAUGUUGCGCGAUAUCCUUUGUCAGCAUGGUGUUGCCCUCUAUGUGAUCGGGAACUCUUCCAUAACAACAACCAAGGGGAGGCAACUGUCGUCUCGCAUGCAGAAGGGGACGAGGAAUCCUUGCUGAUAAAUUUGGAUGAAAUUGUGAAAAAAUUUAACGGCAUAAACCACAUGAUAAGACGGAUAAGGACAGAAGAAGUUCAGUCCCGGAGCGUGGGUGUCACGUAUAGCGCGUGCCCGUGUGACAUGUGCGGCCACGACCAUGGCAAACUGAACGUUAUACAGGAAUACAAUUGUCUCAAAGUCGAACAUAAUCGACCAUCAAUAUCAGACAGACGGUUUUUGCGUCUUGCGAACAGUACGGUCGUGACAACUUUCCACAGUAAGAUCAACUCCGCAUGUGUGUGUGUGCCGUGUACAUUCCAGGAGAUACAAGAUCAUCCCGAUCAGUAUUACGCACUCGCGGAGUACUCAAGCUGUCACGAGGAAAAUGAAGGUAAGAAUGAUUCAAAUUACGCGCUUGCGGAAGUGGGCAAACUACUAACUCGGCGAGUUACGCCAGUCAAGGCUCUACAAGGCAAAAAUAUGAUUGAAAUCGAACACAAUAUUCGUAUAAGCGAAAGAGGCGAUGUGUUCGAUUUUCAGGAUACGUCCGAGCAGAUCAAACGAACAAUUGGAUCUCAAGAGAGAAAUCUGGUGAAGAUCGCCCGGAAACGGAUCGAGGACACUGGUCAUUUGUAUCACGUGCAGGAAAGCAAUAGUGUGGAAUAUGGGGCGGGAGAAACGGUAGUCUAA